AUGGUCUCCAAAACGUGGAACGUGGGCGUCAUUGGCUACGGCCUCAGCGCCAAAAUCUUUCACAUUCCCUUCAUCACUGCUGUGCCCGAUUUCAAAUUAUACGCCAUUGUGCAGCGAAGCCCUACACCCGAGAAUGAUGCAGAGAAAGAUUUCCCGGGGAUCAAGGCAUACAGAAGUACGGACGAGCUCUUCAAGGAUGCUAACGUGGAUGUUGUUGUUAUUACUACGCCGCCGGAUGGUCAUUAUGCGUUGACCAAAGCCGCGUUGGAGGCUGGGAAGCAUGUUGUUGUUGAAAAGCCGUUUGUUCCUACACACAAGGAAGCCGAAGAGUUGGUCGGAUUUGCUCAGAAACAUAACAAGCUAUUAGCCGUUUACCAGAAUCGCCGCUACGACGCCGACUACGUGACCCUAUCGAAGCUCGUCAAGAACGGCUCCCUUGGCAGAGUAGUAGAAUACGAAACACACUUUGACCGCCACCGUCCUGAGCUUUCCGCCAGCACCACCGCCUGGAAGACCAAGGGUGUCCCGGAAACCGGAGCCAUCUACGAUCUCGGAGCACAUCUACUCGACCAAGCCGUCCAUCUCUUCGGACUACCUCAGCGCAUUACGGGAUUCGUUGGCAGCCAGCGAGUAAACAACCCCACUGGACUGGAAGACUCGUUCACGGCUUUGUUGCACUAUGAUACCGGAUUGCUGGUGACGGCCAAAGCUGGUGUUGUGAGCCCGGAAGAGAAACAGCUUCGAUUCUGGGUGAGGGGUGACAAGGGAAGUUUCAAGAAGUUCCAUCUAGAUAUCCAGGAGGAUCAGUUGAGGGCUGGUAUUCGACCUGGCGAUAGCGGAUAUGGCCUUGAGCCUAGUGACCGAUACGGGGUCCUCACCACGAUCGAUCAGAACGGAAAGCCGUGCGCCGAAAAAAUGCCGACUGUCGAGGGACCAACAUGGGUGGAGUACUAUCGCAAGCUUGCACGAGCAUUGGCAGGAGAAGGCGAACUUCCAGCCAGUGGCGCCGACGCCAGCCAGGUUAUCCGGCUGAUUGAGCUGGCUAGAGAGAGUUCGAAAUUCGGCAAGACUAUGGAUGUAUAG